AUCCCAGUGGGUGCCGAGGAGGCUUGGGCGCUGUGCAGGGUCCCAGCGCGGGGUGGGUCCGGGCGGGCGCGGCGGCGGCCGGCGGCAGGAUGUUCAGCUGGAUGGGCCGGCAGGCGGGCGGGCGCGAGCGCGCGGGCGGCGCGGACGCGGUACAGACGGUGACCGGCGGCCUGCGCUCCCUCUACCUGCGCAAGGUGCUGCCGCUGGAGGAGGCGUACCGUUUCCACGAGUUCCACUCGCCGGCCCUGGAGGACGCCGACUUUGAGAACAAGCCCAUGAUCCUGCUGGUGGGCCAGUACAGCACCGGGAAGACCACCUUCAUCAGAUACCUACUGGAACAGGAUUUCCCAGGCAUGAGGAUUGGUCCAGAGCCCACCACUGAUUCCUUUAUUGCUGUGAUGUAUGGAGAGACAGAGGGAAGCACCCCUGGGAAUGCUUUAGUUGUGGAUCCCAAAAAGCCAUUCCGAAAGCUUAGUCGCUUUGGAAAUGCUUUUCUGAAUCGGUUCAUGUGCUCCCAGCUGCCCAAUCAGGUCCUGAAGAGCAUCAGCAUCAUUGACAGCCCCGGCAUCCUGUCUGGGGAGAAGCAGCGCCUCAGCCGAGGGUAUGACUUCUGCCAGGUGCUGCAGUGGUUUGCAGAGCGAGUCGACAGGAUCAUCCUGCUCUUCGAUGCUCAUAAACUGGACAUCUCAGAUGAGUUCUCGGAGGCCAUCAAGGCUUUCCGGGGCCAGGAUGAUAAGAUCCGUGUGGUGCUGAACAAGGCUGACCAAGUGGACACACAGCAGCUGAUGCGGGUCUAUGGGGCCCUCAUGUGGUCCUUGGGCAAGGUCAUCAACACACCCGAGGUGCUUCGAGUCUACAUUGGCUCCUUCUGGGCACAGCCCCUGCAGAACACAGAUAACCGCCGGCUCUUUGAAGCUGAGGCCCAGGACCUCUUCAGAGACAUCCAGAGCCUUCCCCAGAAGGCCGCAGUGCGCAAGCUCAAUGACCUCAUCAAGCGAGCCAGGCUGGCCAAGGUACAUGCCUACAUCAUCAGCUACCUGAAGAAGGAGAUGCCAAAUGUGUUUGGAAAGGAAAACAAGAAGCGAGAACUUAUCUACAGGCUCCCGGAAAUCUACCUUCAGCUGCAGCGAGAAUACCAGAUUUCUGCAGGGGACUUCCCUGAGGUCAAGGCAAUGCAGGAACAGCUUGAGAACUAUGACUUCUCCAAAUUUCACUCGCUGAAGCCCAAGCUGAUCGAGGCUGUAGACAACAUGCUGACCAGCAAGAUCUCAUCCCUCAUGAGCCUCAUCAGCCAGGAGGAGAUGAACGCACCCACGCAGAUGGUGCAGGGCGGCGCCUUUGAUGGCACCAUCGAGGGCCCCUUCAACCAGGGCUAUGGGGAGGGAGCCAAGGAAGGCGCCGACGAGGAAGAGUGGGUUGUGGCCAAAGACAAGCCGGUCUACGAUGAGCUCUUCUACACUCUGUCACCCAUCAACGGCAAGAUCACAGGCGUCAACGCCAAGAAGGAGAUGGUAACCUCCAAGCUGCCCAACAGCGUGCUGGGCAAGAUCUGGAAGCUGGCCGACUGUGACUGCGAUGGCAUGCUGGACGAGGAGGAGUUCGCGCUGGCCAAGCAUCUCAUCAAGAUCAAGCUCGAUGGCUACGAGCUGCCCAACAGCCUUCCUCCCCACCUCGUGCCCCCCUCGCACAGAAAGUCCCUGCCAAAGUCUGACUAAAGGCCCCCACAGAACAGGGUGGGUAGGGAGGGCAGGAAGGGGGAGCUAAGACCUGCUCUGCCACUGACUGUGGAAUGGCCUUGGGCAAAGCACUGCCCUCCCUGUGCCUCAGUUUCCCCAUCUGUACGAUGAGGAGGCCAGACACUGGAUACCAGACACCAGACGAGGUCCUUUCACCUCUAAAACUCUAAGUUUCUGUUAAAAUAUAAGGGGGAGUGGGAAUGGAUUAGAUCAGAAGUUUGAGAAGAAAGGGGAAUUAUUCAGGGUACCCAGGAGCCUGGAAGAACACAUGUGCAGGGAUGGGCUUGGUGGACUCCUGGACCGGAGAGUGAGCUGGGGUCCUUGCAGGAGCAGAAAAGUGUGUGGGCCACACUGGGCUUUGUCAUCUCAAACCGUGGCUCAACACCUGUCUGUCCCUUGGAGGACACUAAGAGGCAGCAAAGAUGAUCCUAUUUAUUUUGUUUAUUGUGUUUUCUGCUAUAUUUGGAGAGAAAAAAAUAAAGCAGAAGAUCCCAUGCCCUCCAGACUAAUGAGGAGGCUAAUGCCCAGGCUUGUCUGCUGUACCCCUCUCCUAAGCAAGCAGGGCAGAUCUGUCCCAGUGCCCACCCCUGCCAGGCCUCCUUCCAGGGUGCUUCUGGCAAAGCAAUAAUUGGUAAGAGAUUUGGAACUCACAACCUCUGUGGAUCUCCUGCGAGACCUCCAGGUAGCAUUUCAGGUCAUCUUGAAGUCUGAGGAUUAGCCUGUUUUGCCAAUUUGCCCAGCAGGUGCUAGUGAAUCCACUUAGCAGAACUAAACCACACUCAUUGUUUAGUAUAGUCCCCAUCACCUAAGGCUUCUUGGGGGGUGACAGAACUUAAAUUCAGCAGAACCUCGUCUUGGUGUGUGCAGUGCUCCAAGCCCUAUUUUCAGAGUAUUCAAGGAGAGAUCAGUCUAGUGGAGCUGGACACUGCUUUGUAGAAAAAUAGGCACUUUUCUUACACUCACUUGUGUUUUUCUUAUAAAAGGCUUUAUACAGAAAUGUUUAUGUAAACCCUUUCUUCAGAGCCUGUGUGUUCUGCCCAUGAAUGCCCAUCUGGAGGCGGGACUUGGCCACUUUCCCUUCCAUUGGCUCUUGGGUGUCUUUCCCAAGCCCUCAGGUUUACCUGGGCCACCUGCUUGGAUUCCUGGGUCAGGUGGAGGUGGCUGUUUGCACCACCACCCUCCCCACACUAAGGAAACAGCUGGGGCAGCAGGUGGCUUUUACCCUAUUUAUGCAAUGGGAGAGAGUCACAAAGCAGCAAAGGCUGUGUGACCUGGACUUUGCCAGCAUCAUAAAUCAGUGAAAUCCGACAGUCUCACUGAACCUUCCAAAAGCCACAUUUUUUACUCCCUUUUCCUUUUACCCACCUCCAGUGUCAUCAGGGUCAAAACUGCACAUUUAAGAGAAAAUACUGAGCCAGGUGUGGUGGCACGUGCCUGUGAUCCUAGCACACAGGAGGCUGAGGCGGGAGGAUCACUGUGAGUUCAGGACCAGCCUGGGCCACAAAGUGAAUUCAAGGCCCGCCUGAACUUCAUAGUGAGACACUGUCUCAAAAAGAAAGAAAAUACUGAUUUGGGAAAAGAAUUUAUCAAGCUGGCCAGCCUUUACAUUCUCCAACUUCCUUUCUAAAUAGUUUUAAGAAAUUGCAUAAUGUAGCUUUUAAUCUGAACGAGCACUUUUAAAUUAAUUACACAGGCAGAGGAGACAUUUGUGAUUCAGGGAGUGUAACAGGUAGUUUGGGAAGGUGAGGACCACUCAGGUGUGCAGGAGGCAGUGGCUGCCAUUAGCAACUUGAGAAGAGAGAUGGUUUGUCCAGCAGUGUAGAGAUACCAGGGAGAGCUGACUGUCCCUUCAGAAUUGUCUUGCUUGCGUCUGUAACUGCUCAGUUAUCAUAUAUAAACAUAAAUAUAUACACAUAUACUCUUCA